AUGCAACCGGCACUCCGAGCCGCCUCCCGGAUCCUUACCUUCCUCGAACAGCACGAUCCUUUCUGGUCACGCCUGAUGGACGCUUUCAACAGAGUCCGCAUACCGGCAAGUCGUGAUCCUCGGCCGCCUCACAAGAGGAAGAUCUUUCCAGCGUGGAACUUUCGUAUGCAAAACGACGGGUCCAGCUCAACCGUUGCAGACGAUCAUGUUCGUUCUUCUGUAGACGCCAUUGACAUGACCUGGAAGACAUUGCACUCCUGCAUCCAGUUCGAGCUCGGUAGCGCCUUUGGUUCAAGCCCUGGCGGUGAGACAUUGGCGGGAUCUACAGCAGCUGAAGGCGAAAAGAUCGUCGUGACGCUCUCCGCCGACUGCUUGUGGCCUUUGGUGGUUGAUGGCUAUAGCCACGAUGAGAAGAUUAUGAGUCAUUUCUCGGUGGCCGCCACUAUCAUUCACGAAAUUGCUCAACUUCUCGACAUCGGAGUGAGCCUCUUCGGGAGUAAGGGCUUGAAGGAGCGGAAUCCUAUUGAGCCAUACUUCGGGAACGAGCAGAAAAGUGAACUCGGCCAUAGUACUGAAAACUACAUCUUUGGAGGCUCCAACUGGCAGGCCAUCUGCCAGUCAACUAUGCCGAUGAGGCACCUCCAUUUCCUCCCUUCCGGGUCUCUGAUGAUAAGAUGGCCCACUGGUUUUAAGUAUGAGAGCGACCGCAUGCAAACAUGGAGCGAGAUCCGCGAGAAUCCCUCAGACAUGAUACUGCGUACGCCACCGAUGCCUGCAGACACGUAUCGGCUACCCGUCAAAGUCGCUGACGUUGCGCGCUUCUUCUCCGAAGGCUUCUGGAAGUCCGAGGCGCAGAGGUUCGGCACGGCAGCCCUGAGCCUCGGCACGAGCUACCCGACAAAGGUCCGGUUUAUAACGGACGAGUUUCCCGUUGCCAGCACACAAAGCGACACAUCCAAACUCGGGAAAAAGAUAAUGACUCUUUGGCCAGACGAGGACAAGCUGCAGCAGGCCGGUGCCAUAGUGUGGGAGUUCCUUGAACGGCUUUUGGGGGAGUAUUUUCGCUACCACUCGCUGCACUUUCGGUGGCAUAAGGACUACCUCAACCUCUUUUUUCGUUUGGAAACCAUUGAAUUGGGCGUAAAGCAGUUCGACAUAGCGGUCAUGGAAGCUCAGAUUUUGAACAACCUCUCGUGGUAUACAUCUCCAGAUCGAAAGAAGAAGGACAUCGCCGGGCAUUGUAACUCAUGGAAAGUGAUCACUUUGCAGAGGUAUCGCGCUCUCAUCAAAAAGAGGAAAGGUUCGUGCUUCAGAGUACCGUUUGAGCUCCCGUUUGGCUCUGAGAGACUGCAAGAUGACAACACAUUUUGGGAUCGUAUCGAAGAAGUAGGCAGGUACGCACGGCGAAGGUUCGAUGAACUUUUGCGGAAGACUUACGACCGGCUUUCGUUCGAAGUCGAUUGCAUCCGCGAGCUAUAUCUGGACAUAUACCAGCUGUCCACAGAGGAGCGGGAGAGAUCGAAGCAGCGGAAGGUUAUCAACCAGCUUGUGAGCCGUCUUAAAGUUUUGGAGAAACAGUGCAACAAAAUUCAUGUUUGUCAUCAUGGCGUUUCGGCUCUUAAGACCUCGUUUGAUGUCAAACCUCAUUUUGCUCAGAGUUUCACGCCCCUCAUGGAGCAAAUCAAAGAGCUCAUUCCCUGGGCCCAAGAUAUCUCAGAGAUCAACCCAAACAACUUUCAACUUCUUCAGCCGCUUAUUCCCAAUAUCAGAAAGGCGAAACGGCCCGCCUCAAUGCGCCUGGUUAAGUUCGCGCAAAAAGAGAUCGACCUAAUGCCGGUGGAAUGCUUGGUAGAGAUACAGCCUUUUCUCCUGUUCAUCCAAGACAAACUCAAGGCUGCGAAGAAUGUCAGGAUAGAUCUGGUCAGAGACCAGAAAGAUCUCCUUGAGGCGAUCGUAGACCAGUUGAAAGCCUCGCGUGACCCGAAUGCUGCCGACGAUGACUCUGAUGAGAAUGAUGACCCGCUUACAAAGAUCAUCAAGAAGAGGAAAAACAAUAAAGACAAUCUGCCAUCGAGCAAGGAUACUUUCAAGCGCAGAAGGAUCUAUACACCACGACUGGCACCUUCAGUGUUGGACCAUCCGAGGCCAUUGUCGAAUACCACGGGACCCAAGCUACGCAAGCCUUUGAGGAACACCAAGGCUUCAAUGAUAAGCCCAACAGUAGCCGACCCUAACCUUCAGCCUCGAUUACCGAACCCUUUCGCAGAAUUUCCUUCGUUUACAUUCCCACUAGAGAAUCGUAAUGAACCCUACGUUUUCUCAAGCCAGCAUCCGCAGCCUCCGCCGCAAGUUUUCAACGCGUUCCCACACCGGAUGCCGGGAGGUCCUCAACCAAUGGGUAUAUUCCCACAUCCGGGGGCUUUAUCGGCGUCGUUCACUUAUGAUCUGCUGAUGGAGAGGAAUUUUAGGGAGGCGCUUGCAAUCCAGUCGGCCAAAUCAUCACCGAUGUCCCACCUAGCCUUUAAGGGGCACUCAGGGUUCCAAGACGUUCCCCGUGAGCCACCACCCUUGAUCCCGGACUCACCCGAGUCGGAGAGAAGUAACAAGCGCUACAUUCCUGACCCGCAGAGUUUUUUGCCGGUCAGCGAGUCGGUCCCAUCAUCGCCACCGCUCUCCAGAGGGCCGAGGACGUUGGGAUUCGGGUCACCUGAGGAGCAUGUGGAGUACCCCUCGAAGACGGCUACCGCCAUGGUGCAGGGGAACCAGAGCCAGAUGCAGCAACUACAACAGCGGCGGCAUAGUACAUGUAACGCGAGUUUUUCAGCUGUAACGGGUACGAAGUGUGGAGUUGAGGCUGGUCCACAAGACACAGCUGCUCUUGAGUCGACUGCCAAUGGGCUUCCCGUGACCGGCAACUCUGCUGCUCCGUCUCGUGGCCGAAGUAAACAAGGGAAACGAAUGGACUGGGAACCUUCCGAAGUACAAAAGCGUGCUAGGUUCCCAAGACCAGACUCGCAAAAACAUACGAUGAAGUUUCUGGGUAGUAGCGACCCAGAUGGUGACCAAGCUAUGAUGGACUUUUAG